UCUCAAAUCUCAAUCCAGUACCACUUGAUCAUUUUCUUCUCUUCUUAAUUAAUUGCCGGCUUGCACGUGUCUUCAAUCCAUGGCAAAAGCUACCUCUCAGGAGUCUCCCUCUCGCUCGGCUUCCCAGGAUGUCCACGACUCAAUCCAAGGAACCGCCAUGAGGCAUCAACUAGAACUAGAAAAUCUGUCAAUAGCUACACAACCUUUCAGAACAAUGAAGCUUUUCACUUUGGCUAUUGUUCAAUAUCUCAAACAAUCAGUUUCUUAUCUUCUGGGUCAAGGGGCUUGGCCUGUGUUUCUGAGCACUUUGAGUGUUCUUAUUGGUAUACUAUUACUCACCAUUGAUGGUCCUCAUGAGAAGCAUGUUAUGGAGAUGAGGUAUUAUUUACAGUUUGUAGUGUGGUGGGUUGCCCUUGGAGUUGCAUCUUCUAUUGGCCUGGGAUCCGGUCUUCACACCUUCGUCCUCUAUCUCGGUCCUCACAUUGCCUUGUUCACAAUCAAAGCAACACAAUGUGGUCGAGUCGACCUUAAAGUUGCUCCUUAUGACACAAUUCAAUUGAAAAGCGGUCCAUCAUGGCUUGACAAGGAUUGUUCCGAGUUUGGCCCUCCAAUAUUUUCAAUCUUGCAAGGUUUACGAGUUCCACUUAGUAGCAUACUGCCACAAGUCCAGUUAGAGGCUAUGUUAUGGGGCCUGGGAACUGCAAUCGGAGAGCUUCCUCCAUAUUUUAUUUCCAGAGCAGCUCAAAUAUCAGGUAGCAAAUUGGCUGAAGUUGAAAAAUUGAAUGCUUCAUCGGUGGAAGGCAGUGGAAUCAUUGCCACUGGCCUUAAUAAAAUAGAGCACUGGUUCCUUUCACACGCACAAAAUUUGAACUUCUUCACGAUUCUAGUGCUUGCUUCGGUUCCAAAUCCUCUGUUUGACCUAGCUGGCAUCAUCUGUGGGCAAUACGGAGUUUCAUUUGGGGAAUUCUUCCUAGCCACAUUGAUUGGAAAGGCAGUCAUCAAAACCCAUAUACAGACUAUGUUUAUUAUUUCAGUCUGCAAUAAUCAACUUCUUGACUGGAUCGAGAACGAACUAAUUUGUGUUCUUAGUUUUAUACCUGGGCUUUCUUCAAUCCUGCCAAACCUCAUAUUCAAACUCCAUGCUGCUAAGGCAAAGUAUAUGGAAAGGUCACCUCCUCCUUCCGUUACUUCAAAUACAAACAUCAAGGGGAAAAGGUUGGAUCUUUCAAUUAGUUCAGUUUGGAACAGUAUCGUGUGGAUCAUGAUCAUGAACUUUGUUGUUAAGAUUGUGACUGAAACUGCCCGGAAGCACCUGAAAAUGCAGCAAGAACUAGAAUUGGUUGAUCUGAAGAACAAAUUGGUGUCGUCCUGAAUAACAUAUAUAUAAUAAUAAAACUAAUAGCAUGAUGUUUAGUUGUCAUGCUGUUAUGUUUCUCAAAAGAUAGGAGGAGAAUAUCAGACAGACGGUGUGGUCUUCUUCAUCUUAUACUUUUCCACUUUUAGUUGAAAGGAUAAGAAAGUAAUUAUUACCA